GUGAAGCAGUCAAUGCUUGAAACUCGCUCACCAAAGCCAAACGGCAGUCAGUCGACUGUUGUUGCUCCUGGAGAGAGUUAGACCCGGUACAAGUUGGUGAACGUGCUGCCGUUUCUUCUUUUCUACUAUAUAUAUUUGUUUAAAAGCAACGAACGUUUUUUACUCUUUUUUUUUAUUCAGCACUAUUUUUUAGGUGCAUACAUACAGACAGAACAUUUCCUUUUGAAUAUUUCGUAACUGACAGUUUGUGUUGCCGAUGAGAAAGAAAGAGCGCCAGAAGAGAUCUUAUUACAAACAAAUACAUGUACAUACAUAGCUAUAUAUUUAUUGAGAAGAAACAAAUAUCAGUGGAACGCAUUGCGCUGGUGGUUGUUGUAAGCGCGAUCAGUGAUUAAGUCGAUGACGUUGAUGCAGAUGAUAACAAAAGCAACAACAAAAGCAAAUAAAGAACAUAAAAAUAUGUUCAAAUUGGUGACGCGAACGACAGCAACAAAAACAAAAGCAAAAGCAACAACCACAAAAACAACAACAACUACAACAAAAACACCACCCUUCACAAACCCCGAAACAAACCCAACCACAGAUAUGCAUUUCAAAGCCGCAAACAAUGCGCGUCAUGAAAGCAGCUGCCGGCAGCAAUUCAACAGUCACAUGCCGCAAUCCAUCAUCAGCUGUUGCAGUGAUAAUAAUCAACAAAAUAGCAAUAAUAAAAACAACAAUAAUAAUAAUAAUCAUAAGCAUAAUAAUCAGCUUAGUAAAAGCAAUAAAAUAAACCACCGCAACAAUUACAAUCUUCCACCGUUAUUUGCAUUUAACCGGCAUCUGUCGCAUGCCGCACUCCUACUUCUAGUCUGCGUUGUGUGCAAUUGUGCUGCUGGCGGUGUUGGCAGCAAUGAAAGUAUAGCUUUCGCGCCUGCAGCGCCACGCCCAUUGCAACGGCGACACACGACCGCGAUCGUUAAGGACAAUGCUGCGGAGACGGAUGAUGCCGAUCGGGUUUUCGUGUAUAAAUGUUGUGAAAAAUUCGAAAUUCAUGUGGACGGUAUUUGCUCGCAGGUCAAUGAGAGUGAAUACUUCCAACCAAUGUUCACCAACUAUCAAGGUGCGCACAAUGUGCCGGUGAAAUUCAAGUUUGUUAUUGGCAUACCGGCUUGUGGCACAAUGCAGUCAUGGCCCAUAUAUCAUUAUCAAGGUAGCGCUGAUCAGCUGGUACUCUUGGACGAUGGCAAAUUGCGCCAUUACACCAAUUCAAAUGAAGAGGAAGAUGAGCUAUAUGAGCAUACCGACUACGAUGCAGAUUUAGAUGAUGAACGCAAGUCACUCUUUCACGAUUACGCGGCGGGACAAUAUUGCAUAGAUAAGGCUAUCUCUACAUCUGGUCAGCACAAACAAGUGCUCUAUGCGAAUAUUUGCUUAGCAAAAAGAGAAAUUAAAUGGUCCGAUACCACAUUUUUGCUGCGUAAAGUAAUAAAUCCCAUUUUACAUGGCAUAUCCUUGAUACUUUUACUGCUCAUAUCGAUUAUCUACUUCAUACUGCCCACAUUGCGUGAUCUAGUGGGCAAUAUUAUAACCACCAUAGCGGUGUGCUUGAUGACAGUGCAGGCAGCGGAUUUUGUGCGCAUCUUCACGGAAUUCACGAAUCAUGUCAGCUUCAUUGUGGCGGACAUAAUACUGUACAUCAGCUUGCUGGGCGCUUUCUUCUGGCUGAAUAGCUUCGGUUAUUACAUUUGGAAGACAUUCCGUUCGCGCAAUGUGUUCCUGCGUGUCACCGAUGGCCGCAAAUACUGUUAUUAUUCCGCAUAUGCUUGGGGCCUUACAGCGCUGAUGGCCGCCUUGGCGGUAUUUGCGCACUUCUUUCUCGACGCUGAUUCCUAUAAGGAGCAAAAUCUUAUUGGCGAUCAACAGACGAUCGGUUGGCUGGGCAUUUGGAUAUUUUUUGCACCCAUCGCAUGCUUAAUAUUAAUCAAUAUCUUCUUCUAUGUGACCACAUUGAAGUUGAUCAAUCGCAGAAAUGUCUAUGGACGCAUACAGCACAAGCUGCGCGCAAACUUCAUCAUGUUCUCUUGGAUGCUGCUAAUCAUGUCGAUUGCGUGGCUGUUCUUUGUGCUCUCACUGCUGCCGUACGAUGGCCUAUUGUAUGCGCAUAUACUAGUCAAUGCCGUGCAGGCGCCGCUGCUACUAUACAUAUGUGUAUUGCGUCAGAAGCAUGUUACAUUCCUGUUGAAAAAGUCGUGCUGCUACAAUGAGCCGCCAUCGGCCAAUGAUUGGGGCGAUGAAAUGCAUUAUAUGAAUUGUAAUGAUUACUGAGAUGAGGCGCGCGUUAAGAACGCGCACAAACCGAUGCAACCAACGACGUUGA